AUGGCCGCCACCGAAAAGCGACCCGAGAUCAUCGAGCUGUCCCGCGAGCUGCGGGGCGUUCCGCACUGCGAGGACUACGAGAAGAUGAUCUCCGGGAUGAUGUACAACCCCACCAUCCCCCGCCUCCUCGAGGCGCGUCACAUCUGCCGCGGUCUGACAGACGACUACAACAACCUCGACACAAAGAGCAUUUCCUACGAAGACAUCGCCGACAAGCGCUUCGAGCUGCUAAAGAAACUCGUCGGCAAAGUCGGCGAGGGAACCUUCAUCGAGCCGCCCUUUAGACCGGAUUACGGCUGUAACAUCUCUAUCGGGAAGGAGUGUUUCAUUAACUGGAACGUCACAAUCCUAGACACAAGCCUUGUGAUAAUCGGUGACCGCGUGCAAAUAGGCACAGGCGUGGGCCUAAUAACAGCCGGCCACGACGUCUCGGUUCUAUCGCGGCGGAAAUUCGUCGAGUUCGGCCACCCCAUUUUCAUUGAGGAUGAUUGCUGGAUUGGGGCAAAUGUUGUAAUUCUUCCUGGUGUGCGCAUCGGGAAGGGCUCGACUAUCGGUGCGGCGUCUGUUGUUACGAAGGAUAUUCCGCCGUAUUCGGUUGCGGUGGGUGCGCCGGCGCGCGUUAGGAAGACCAUCCCCUCUGUUGAGGAGGAGAUGGCUGAUCCGCAUAACCCAUAUCGGAAUUUGCCUGAUCGGAAUGAUUAG